UUUAAUGUAUACAGCGUUGCCAUUGUUGCGUGACCUGAAAGAGGUGAGCCUCGGUCCAGCCAACAGAACUGAUGACGUGCCUCUGGAUGUACAAGGUUUCAGGGAUACUCUGGAGAAGUUCGCAUCCCGUAGUUGCAGGGACAGUGACUUGGAAGAGCUCGCUAACAAUUGCAAACGUCUGAGGUGUUUAGAUAUCAGCGAUUCUCCUGAUGUCUCGGAUGCGAUUGUUGAACAUAUCUUAAAGUUUGAACAUCUGGAGGAGCUGAAUUUGUGCGAAGUCAGUUUCUUGUCUGAAGAAGCUCUGGGACGCCUGCUGGAAGGCCUCUGUGACGUGCAGGUAUUUCGAUGUGGUGAUACUCAGAAAGAUCUUGAGAACCUUCUGGGCUGUGGUAAGGACACGGCGAAGGAUACAGGAGCCUCUUCAGUGAGUAGUCCGUCUCCCCGUUCGCAACGGUUGAAGAUCUUCGGAUGUGCGGAUCCAAGAAAACAACACAUCGAUCUAAUCGCACAGUUUUCUAACCUCACUUCGAUUUCCUUGUCACAGCAUGUUGAUUUCAAGCAAUCCUGAAUCACUUUAUGACAUGGCGGUCACAACGUUGGCUGGUUACGUUAGAUAUUUCACGAGGUGGACCAUCAUGCUUUGCAAGCAGAACUACGAGGAACGUUGCCGACUCCUCCAAGAACUGCUCAUCAUUUACCUGCCUUGCGACAGGGUUAGAGACAUAUCAGUUGUUCUCAUAAGACAGGUAGCUCAGUGUUACAGUGACCUGAAGAAUAACACAGUGUUCAGAAAUGCGUGUGCGGAAAGAACACCUCACGUUCUCAGAUCCGUGUUACAUCCCUCAGUAAAGAGACUGGAAGGUAUUCGCAAUACUUCGCAUCCUACCAUUCUUGAGUAUUAUAAAGUUACCAACUGUGACUUAAUGUAUAAAGCGUUGCCAUUGUUGCGUGACCUGAAAGAGGUGAGCCUCGGUCCAGCCAACAGAACUGAUGACGUGCCUCUGGAUGUACAAGGUUUCAGGGAUACUCUGGAGAAGUUCGCAUCCCGUAGUUGCAGGGACAGUGACUUGGAAGAGCUCGCUAACAAUUGCAAACGUCUGAGGUGUUUAGAUAUCAGCGAAUCUCCUGAUAUUUCGGAUGCGAUUGUUGAACAUAUCUUAAAGUUUGAACAUCUGGAGGAGCUGAAUUUGUGCGAAGUCAGUUCCUUGUCUGAAGAAGCUCUGGGACGCCUGCUGGAAGGCCUCUGUGACGUGCAGCUAUUUCGAUGU